CUGACGACACGACCUCAGGCUUAGACUGCAAGAUGCAAAAGCGUUAUGUUUCCUGAAGGAUUAAAGGGUCUGUGCUGUUUACCGGGUUACAGAACAGCUAUGAUCAAACUCCUGCUUUUUCUCUCCGUCAGUGUUUAUGGAACAUCAGCAGCCUCUCACUCUCUGAGGUACAUCUCCACUGCAAUCACACCAGGAACUGAUUUCCCUCAGUACACUGUGGUGGGUCUGGUGGAUGGAGAACCGCUCAUGUACUAUGACAGCAACAUCAGGAAGAUGACUCCAAAGACGGAGUGGCUAGAGAAGAACAUGGGAGAAGAUUACUGGAACAGUGACAGUGAUAUUUUUAUGGGAGAGCAAAAGUGGAGUUUAUCCAACAUGGACACAACAAUGAAACGACACAAUGACACUGAAGGAAUCCACACCUGGCAGUGGACGUACGGCUGCGAGCUCCACGGUAACGGCACCACCACAGCAUACAGCAAAUUCGCUUAUGAUGGACAGGAUUAUAUCCAGCUGGAUUUGGACACUGGCACCUUCACUGGCCACAAAAAUUCUUUCUUGCUCAACUGGAAAAAGCGCCGGGUCACUGACUGUAAACACUACCUGGAGAUUGAAUGUAUUGAGGAGUUGAAGAUGUUUGUAGACUUCGGCAGAUCCACUCUGGAGAGGAAAGUCUCUCCUGAGGCGUCUCUGUUCCAGAAGGACUCUUCUUCUCCAGUGGUGUGUCAUGCUACAGGUUUCUUCCCCAAAGCAGUGAUGAUCUCCUGGCAGAAGAAUGGAGAGGAUCUGCAUGAGGACGUGGAUCUCAGAGAGACGCUACCCAACCAGGAUGGAACCUUCCAGAAGAGGAGCGUUCUGACUGUCUCACCUGAGGAGCUGGACAAACACAACUACACCUGCAUCAUUCAGCACAGCAGCCUGGAGAAGGAGAUGGUGCUACCAGUGUCUGAUCGCCAAGUCCUGCCAAGUGGAGGGUCAGAUGGAGGGUUGGAUGGUGUCCCUGUUGGUGCAGUUGUGUUUUUUCUGCUCCUCAUCCUCAUCGGCUGUGUUGGAUUUUUCAUCUUGAAGAAGAAGCAGGAAACUGAAACAACGGAAAAUGAAAUGCAGGAAACAGAAAAGAAGGAAACCGAAAGGAAGGAAACUGAAAAGAAGCAAACUGAAAUGCAGCUUAUCAGCCUCCAGCAGAUGUGA